AUGCCAACGGUAAUGGGAGCGAUCGUUCGGGCUAUGAUCGAUUUUCGCAAAGAAAUAUUGGACAAUCUUCAACUGUCGCUCGAGUAUCACACGGAGCAGCUGGAGGAAAUCAAAGUUCAUGUUGAACACAAGAUGGCAGCACAAGAAAAACGAAUGAAAAUCGAGAGUGAGUCAAAGUUUAAACAACUUCUAAAGGAGAUAAAUAUCUCAUUGGAUCAACAAAAAAGUAGUUUAUCCUUUCAAAUGCAAGACCUGCAAAAUCAAAGCGCCGCAAACAUUAAAAUGCUCCUGGAAGUGAAAUAUGAAAGUGAAUCAAAAUUCAAGGAUCUCCGAGACUCGAACAAAAUGUUCCGAGAGGAGAUGAAACCACUGUUUGAUAAAAAUAACGCACAAAUCCAGGAAAUUAGAAAAACACUGAACGCGGUGAAUAGCAUGUCACAUUUUGGCGGUGGCUGGACGAUGUUCCAGCGACGGAUUGAUAGGUCCGUCGAUUUUCACCGCAACUGGACGAUGUACAAGCACGGAUUCGGAAACAUUAACGGAGAGCAUUGGCUGGGUUUGGAGAAGCUUCAUAUCAUGACGAGUUCAGGAAGACACGAGCUGUUGGUGCUGUUGGAAGAUUUCGAAGGAAACUCAGCCUAUGCGCUUUAUGAUGAAUUCAAGAUUGCGAGUGAGGAGGAAAAGUACAAGCUCACCGUGGGAAAGUAUUCAGGAACCGCUGGAGACUCGUUGACAUACCAUAAUGGAAUGAAGUUCUCUACAUUCGACAAAGAUAAUGAUGGAUAUGGAAGCACUCAUUGUGCGGAAGCAUAUGAAGGAGGCUGGUGGUACAGAAAGUGCUUUCGCUGGUUCGUAUUUCAUGAGUUAAAUUUAGUCACGGUUUAA